GCGUCGGCGUCGGCGUCGUCGGGGAAGUCCAGCUCAUGGCGGCGUCCAGAUGAGGCUCCAGCUCCUCAUCACGGCGACGUCCAGAUGCGGCUCCAACUCCUCCCGCUCGGGCUCCAACUCCUCAUGCCGCCGUCUUCACGCCCGCGCCGGCGCCGCUCGGGCUCCGCUUCAGCGCCUCCUUCACGCCUCUCCACAAAGCAGAUCGAGCGCCGGCGCACUGAGAUCUAGCACCAGCGCACGCGGAUGCAGCUCCUCCUCGCCCAGCAGCGCGUCGCCGGCGCAUAAAAAAUGGAAGCUUUGUGUCUCUGCUGCUGCAGGCGGAUUAGCGGUGCGACAUGAAUCAGGGUGGUGGGGAGCGGUGAGCUAGGCCGCGGUGCAGAGCAAGAUACCGGCGAGAGGGGGGGAGAGGGAGCAUCGACUGGGAGAGGGCGGUGACGGGGAGGACGGCGUCGCGCACGAGAGAGAGAGGCGAGUGGGGAGAGAGCGGCGACGGGGAGCGCUGGUGGGGAGCGACUGGUGAGGGUAGAAAGGGAAAGUCACGAAAAUUCGUAGCUUGGCAAAAUUUGCACUGU